GUGCACUAUCAUCAUUCACAUAACAUUUUCUCCUGAGGGACGAGAGAGAUGCCGAUUAGCCAGAGAGUUUUGAAGCAGGUUGCAGUCGCUCCGGUUGUCGUAGCCAUCCUUUGCUAUUUCUUCUGGUCAUCGCUCAUCGCGUCAGACCGCCUAAAGGGCACCAAAGAUGUCCUCAAACUGGCUAAGACCAUCCCUCUCCCGGGCGAUGGGCCAGAGAGCUUAGAAUUUGAUUCACAAGGUGAAGGCCCUUACGUUGGCGUCACUGACGGUCGUAUUCUCAAAUGGCGCGGUGAAGAGCUAGGCUGGGUCGAGUUCGCCUACUCUUCUCCUCUCAGAGAUAAUUGUUCGAGGCAUAAAGUAGUUCCAAGUUGUGGGAGGCCAUUGGGACUUAGCUUCCAUAAGAAAACAGGAGAUCUGUAUAUUUGUGAUGGUUACUUUGGGGUCAUGAAGGUCGGACCAAAGGGAGGCUUGGCCGAGGUAGUUGUUGAUGAAGCCGAAGGUCGCAAAGUCAUGUUUGCGAACCAAAUGGAUAUAGACGAAGAGGAAGAGGUCUUCUACUUCAAUGAUAGUAGCGAUAAAUACCACUUCGAGCAAGUGUUCUACGUGUAUAUGUCCGGGGAGAAGACGGGAAGAGUAAUUAGAUACGAUAUGAAGAAGAAAGAGGCCACAGUUAUAAUGGACAAACUUCAUCUACCUAAUGGUUUAGCUCUAAGCAAGGACGGAUCGUUUGUACUCACCUGCGAAGGUGGUACAAAUAUUAUCCAUAGAAUAUGGGUCAAGGGUCCCAAAUCCGGAACCAACGAGGUUUUCGCCAAGGUCCCGGGUCCUGCGGACAAUAUCAGGCGCACUCCUACCGGAGAUUUUUGGGUUGCAUUGCAUUCUAAAGACAGUUUGUUCACUCGUGUGUUUCUGACUCACUCUUUGGUUGGGAAGUUUUUCAUCAAAAUGCUGAAGAUGGAGACUGCGGUUCAUCUCGUUAAUGGAGGGAAACCUCAUGGAAUUGUCAUGAAACUCUCUGGAGAGACAGGAGAGGUUCUUGAGAUACUUGAGGACAGUGAAGGGAAGACGAUGAAGUAUGUUAGUGAAGCUUAUGAGACAAAAGAUGGCAAGUUAUGGUUUGGGUCUGUGUUUUGGCCGGCAGUUUGGGUGCUUGAUAAAUCUGUUUACGGUCUCAAAUGAGUUAGCGAUUGCUAACAAAAAUGUAAUAAUUUGGUGGUAUGGUCUUCUUUUUAGGAGACGUGCAUCUUCUUUUGUAUUUUCUUGUUGUUGUGUGAGUGGACUUUGAUUCUGAAGAAAUUUGGUUCAGUUGAGUAAUUUAAUGGAGUUUUGUGGGAUUUUAUAAAUUUUCAAGUGAUUAAAACGAAAACGAGUUGCUAUAUUUGA